AUGAGCUUCGUCACUCGCCGGGCCCUUUCGACCCUUAUCCCUCCUAAGGUUGCUUCGCCGAAUGCUAUCGGCACUGCUCCUGAUGCUCUUCGUAUGAAGCGUGUCGUCAGCUUCUACGAGAAACUCCCCCGAGGACCUGCCCCCGAGAUCCAGGCCACCGGUCUUCUCGGACGAUACCAGGCCAAGCACUUUGGCAAGAACCCUACUGCCAAGCCUAUCAUCCACGCGAUUGGUUUCCUUCUCCUCCUUGGAUACCCCAUGACCUACUACUACCACCUACGUCACCACAAGAACAAUGCCCAUUAA